CUCUCUCUCUACGAUCCGUUUGCUUGCUGAGAAAAUCUUUGGGAGCGUGGAAGAGAAAAUUUUGAAGCUUUGGAUUUUUGUGGGUGUAUUUGUUUUUUUUAAAGAAAUGAAGUCAACUGAGCUAAACUGGUCCUUUUAGAAGCUCAGCUGAAAAUCUGAGGAAAGGCCUUCGGUUUGUCGAAUUUUGAAGAAUGGAUGAAGUUCAGGAGCAGCAAAGUCAACCACUUGAUCUAGAUAAUGAAAAUGAAAUAGUAGCUGAAAGUGCUGCAUUUGUGCAUGGGGAACCUCCUCAAGAUGCUAAUGCCCCCCCAAAAGCUGAUUCUGAGGUGGAAAUUCUUCAUGAGAAAGUCACAAAGCAAAUCAUUAAGGAAGGCCGUGGUCAGAAACCCUCGAAAUAUUCAACAUGCUUCUUGCACUACAGGGCAUGGACAGAGAGCACCCAGCACAAGUUUGAAGACACGUGGAAUGAACAAAGACCUAUUGAGUUGGUAUUAGGAAAAGAGAAGAAAGAAAUGGCUGGUUUGGCUAUUGGUUUGUCCAGCAUGACAUCUGGUGAACAUGCCCUGUUACAUGUGGGCUGGGAAUUCGGUUACGGGGAAGAAGGAAGCUUUUCUUUCCCAAAUGUUCCACCCAGGGCAGACAUAAUAUAUGAAGUUGAGCUCAUUGGGUUUGAUGAGACAAAAGAAGGGAAAACUCGUGGUGACAUGACUGUGGAAGAAAGGAUUGGUGCCGCAGAUCGAAGAAAGAUGGAUGGAAAUACUUUUUUUAAGGAAGAAAAACUGGAGGAGGCUAUGCAACAAUAUUCGAUGGCCAUCACAUAUAUGAACGAUGACUUCAUGUUCCAGCUGUUUGGAAAGUACAGGGACAUGGCUUUAGCUGUUAAGAAUCCAUGUCACCUUAACAUGGCAGCAUGCCUAAUAAAGCUCAAUCGCUAUGAAGAAGCGAUCGUGCAAUGCAGCAUUGUGUUGUCAGAGGAUGAAAACAAUGUCAAAGCCCUGUUUAGACGUGGCAAAGCUAGAGCAGAACUUGGGCAAACAGAUGCUGCCCGGGAGGACUUCCUAAAGGCACAGAAAUUUGCACCUGAAGACAAAGCAAUUGCAAGGGAGUUACGUUUGAUUGCAGAGCAUGACAAGGCUGUUUAUCAGAAGCAAAGGGAGAUUUAUAAAGGAAUCUUUGGACCAAGACCUGAACCCAAACCAAAGCGAUUUAAUCGGCUGGUUCUCUUUUGGCAAUGGCUGUUGUCACUCUUCUAUGGCCUCUUCAGGCGUGGAGGGCACAAAGCAGACUAAUCAAAAGUCUUCAUGAGCAGAUGGGCAAGAGGUUUUUUGUAUACUAAGCAAAUAUGAUAUUUCUGGUGUUGAAUGUUUACUGUCCAAAGGUUUCAGUGACAGAGACAUCCAGUUGUUUCUUCAAGUGUAGGCUAUGCUGAGGCCCAAGAUGCGUUUAUAAAGUAACUUUUGACAUUCUAAUAGGACCCUAAAACAAUGAAUUUGUUAAGAACAGUUUUCAGUUUU